UUCGUAAGCGCUCAACAUGUUUCCAUUUCUUGUAGAUAAUUCAUAGGCGAAUGGACGGGUCAGUUGACUUUUAUCGCAACUUUGCAGAGUAUGAGAAUGGCUUUGGGAACGUUGAUGGAGAGUUGUGGCUAGGUUUAAAGUAUAUACAAGAACUAGCUGAACAAGGUUCUACAGAGAUUCGUCUUGACAUGACAAGUAGUGGGAAUGUAACAGGACAUGAAACUUGUCCAGACUUUAAGUUAACAGAAGGAACAAACUAUACACUAAACAUUGGGCCAUGCACAGAUGUUAAAUUAUUAUAUCCAGAAGCUGGAUUUGAUUAUAAUAAUCAAAUGCCAUUUUCAACGUACGACCGUGAUCUUGAUAUGGAGAUAGAUAACUGCGCUGUGAGCCAUCAUGGAGCCUGGUGGUAUAGUAUGGGUACCUUUAUCAAUCUAAAUGGACUUUAUCAGAAUGACACCAUUGCUGGACACUAUCAUGAGGGGAUUGAUUUUGUAGGUUUAUUGAGAACGUCAUCAAUGAUGAUACGAAGGUAAUAAGUAGUCAGGUGCAGUGUUCAUAAAUUAAGAGAAUUUAAUGACCGUACUCAAAAGAACAUUUUUGUAAUUAUUGGGGUUUGUUUUGGUAUGAGAAAUGGUAUGACUUUUAGAAGUCUUAUGUAUGACUGAAGUCUGCUUUAGGACAAUGAUAUUGUUAUAGAAGCACUGACAACAUAUUACCGCGUAUCAACAUUAAACCACGUCACCGUAUAUAACAAUGUGACAUAAAAUUAAAUGAUAUCAUAUAGUCAGUUGAAAUAUUAUAAUCACUUGAAAAUAUUUUAUCCUUUGUCAGAAAAUAACAAUUUUACAGCACGAAUUUAAAAAAAAUAUUUUUUUUUUUUAAAUCAAACAUUUUUGUUUUUUAAAUGUAUUUAUAUUAACUGCAACAACCACCAAAAACUCAAUUGAAGCUUGUAUGGAGAAACAAGAAACAACCAUGUAUUUAGAUUGAUAUUUGGGCUUUAUUAAGCCAUAAGUAUAACAUGAAAGAAUGAGGUAGUUUUUCGAAAUAUCUGGCAGGGAAAACAUAUGUCUUGUCCUGUUAUAAUUUGUUUAAAUCAAUGUUAUGUCCAAUGAAAAGCUGGAGGCAUUGUCAUAUU